AUGCGUCUCGUCAAAAAUAAGAUUGAAUAUGGCGGGGCCGGCAGCGUCACCCUCAUUCCCGAAGAGCCUGAGGACAUGUGGCACGCAUACAACCUCAUAGUUCCAGGCGAUCUCCUUUACGCAACAGCCAUUCGCCGCGUAACGACGACCGCUGCAUCAACUGGGUCAACAAGCUCUUCGCGCGUGCGGCUAACGCUCGAAAUCCGAGUCAAGAACCUCGACUUUGACCCGCAGAAUUCUCAACUACAUGUUAGCGGGCAAAUUGUGAACGAGACGCCGCAUACGAAGAUUGGGCAGCAUCAUACCCUUGACCUAGAGCUUAAUCGACAGUUCACUCUUGAGAAGGGGACCGGGCAGGAUGGUGAGGGGAGCGGGUGGGAUAGUGUCGCGGUUGAAGCCCUGAAGGAUGCGGUUGAUGAGGGUGGAAAUCGGAGGGCAGAGGCUGUGGCCGUUGUGAUGCAAGAGGGACUGGCACAUAUAUGUUUCAUUGGACAAUUCCGGACGGUGUUGAAGCAAAAGGUUGAGAUAUCAGUGCCGAGGAAAAGGGCUGGGGGGAGUGAUCACGAUAAGACAAUGACAAAAUUCUACCAAACUACCCUUGACACGCUUCUGCGCCACAUGGAAUUCAACCUCAGCUCAACCUCAAUGACAAGCAAUGACCCCGUCCGGCCAGUCCUCCUCGCCUCGCCGGGCUUCACUGCGACGGCCUUCCAAAAACACAUCCAAUCCGUCGCCAAUACAACUACUCCCGCGCUCAAACGCCUCCUCCCGUCUAUUGUCGUUGUCCAUUCCGCCUCCGGCUAUCUCCACUCCCUAACCGAAGUACUGCAAUCCCCCACCGUCAAAGCUCUUCUUAGCGAUACGAAACACGCGCGAGAAACUAAACUCAUGGACGACUUCUACGAGCAACUGCGCAAGGAGACGAACAAGGCUACGUACGGGCCGCGCGAGGUUGAAAACGCCGUUGAACAGGGUGCUGUGGGGCGCGGCGGGGGUAUUCUCAUCAUUUCAAACAGGCUGUUCCGGUCCCAAGAUAUAGCAGAGCGGAAGCGAUGGGUUGCGCUUGUGGACCGCGUGAGGGAUGUCGAAGGGGGCGAAGUGCGUGUGUUGAGUUCUGAGCAUGAGAGCGGGAAAAGGCUGGAUGGGCUGGGCGGCAUUGCAGCGAUUUUGACGUUUCCUAUUUCAGAUGAUUUGGAGGAAGAUAGCGAAUGA